UGGAAUAAAGCUUUACUCGUGGCUCAAUGCAAGUUCAAUGUUUUCAACACUCAUCAACAAUAUCCAGACAAUUUAGUUCCUGAUUUAGCUGCUGCAUUAGCAGAAAUCACUGGACUACAAUAUGAUUAUUUUAUGAUUUUCUUCGGUCGAUGUUUUGUAAGAUUUUUCAGCAAUUUUGGUUAUGAUGAUAUGAUCAAAGCCACUGGAAGAUACUUUUGCGAUUUUCUUCAAUCUGUUGACAACAUUCAUUUACAAAUGCGCUACACAUAUCGAAAAAUGAAAUCACCGUCCAUGCAAGUUACUGAUAUCGACGAUAAUGGUGCAAUACUUAUAUAUCGAAGCAAUCGUUCAGGUUUUGCCAAAUAUUUAAUGGGACAAUUAUUGGAGAUAGCAAAAGAAAUUUACAAUCUAGAUGUGAAAAUACGUGUCGUAGAUUCAAUUAAUGAUUCAAUUGGUGGAACCGUAGGUCCAAUCGAGCUUUCAUCUAAAACAGGCUUGAAAUCUGUUGUAGUAAAAUUUCGCUUAGAUUUUGACAACACCGAAUAUAUGCAAAAUAGUUUGAGAAUGAAAACGCAUCCAUCACAAGUAUUGUUAAAGCCAGUUACAACUGAAAUGCUUUUAGAGCUUUUUCCAUUUGGAAUGAUUCUCAAUUGUGAGAUGAAAAUUGUUGCGGCCGGAAAUAAUCUUAUUGAAUCGUGGUCUUCAAAUAAUGAUAACAAGCACCCAAAUGAAUUGAUUGGAAGUAAGAUUACGAAAUAUUUUAAAUUACGUCGCCCUACUGGUAUUGUGUUUGACUUCAGUAAUGUUACGACACUUCAAGCUGUCCUGUUCGAAAUUCAACUAAUAAGGUCCAAAAAUUCUGCAUCAGCAAAAGGUUUAGUAAGAACAGAAUCUGGAAGAAAUUUCAGACCUAUUAAUGGAAAUACUGCUGCAGGAAGUGACGAUAAAGUUGUUGCUGGUCCCAGUCAUGACACUUUGGAGCCGGGAAUGCUUGCGUUUAAUAGAAGAGGUUCACAAGGAAUUAAAAGUAUUUUGCUGAAAGGUGAAAUGAGAUACAUAAAGGACAUUAAUAUGUUGGUAUUUCUGUGCAGUCCAUUGAUUAACAACCUUGACGAAAUGAGCGAAAUGGGACUUUAUCUAAAUGAUUUAAAUUUUCACGGUCUAAGUCGUGAAAUGGUCUUUUCAGGCUUUAAGCAUUACUCUCGACUUGAUCUUAUGUGUGAAAGAGAAGAACAACGAGCUGAAGAGCUAGAAACUUCACUUAGUCUUGCAGACUCAUGGAAAAAACAAGGCGAUGAACUAUUGUAUUCAAUGAUUCCAAGAUCUGUAGCUGAUCGAUUAAGGAAUGGACAAAAUCCACUUGCAACAUGUUCAACAUUCGAACAAGUUACAGUUAUUUUUGCAGAAGUACAAGAAACAUCAUUAUCAAAUGAUGCAAUACAAUCAGCAAUGGCUACUGUUAAUACCUUAAAUAGUGCAUUUUCAGCAUUUGAUGAAUUAAUUCAAUCACCAAUGGCAUAUAAAGUAGAAACAGUUGGUAAAGUUUAUAUGGCAGUUUCAGGAGCACCAGAUGAAAAUCCAUUGCACAUGCAAACUGUUGCAGAUCUUUCAAUACAAAUGCUUGACAAAAUUAAGAAUAUUGGGAUUGAAGGAGUUACAGUGAAAAUUGGAUUUCACAGCGGACCAGUUGUGGCUGGAAUAGUUGGAAUAAAAGUUCCUCGUUACUGCUUGUUUGGUGAUACAGUUAAUACAGCAAGUCGAAUGGAAAGCAGCAGUGAGUCUAAUCGUAUUCAAGUGUCUUGGAACACAGCAAAGGGAUUAAAAAAAUUGGGAUAUAAAUUAACAUUUCGUGGACUCGUGACUGUCAAGGGUAAAGGUGAAAUGGAGACAUUUUGGCUUGAAGAGGGACCAGAAAUUGAUUUUGAUGUUCGCAAACGAAGCAGUAGUGGAUUUAAGAAUAAAUUAAAAAACAUUUUCAAUUAAAAUCCGUAACACAGUGCCUGAAACUUAAGCUUUACUUGAGAGCGGGAAUAUUUAAUAAUGACUAUAAUAAAUAUUAAAUGAUUAGAAAUUGGUGUGAAUAUGAAAUGUU